GAAAAAGAGAGAGAAAGGAAAAAGGACAGCCGCAGCUGUCACCCAGAUUAUCCAGUAGCUACUAGUACACCGACCGUCAGUUGCCUAUUCGAGAUUCCUACACCGAGUGCCAACGGAGACGUCUGCCCUUCCACAAUGAGAUUUGCUUGACCACGACUCGUCCCCAAUCCUCGUUGCAGUACAUGAUUUCCUGAGCGAUGGAUCAGAGCAUUCAGCGUCUGCUGAACGACAAGCUCUAUGAAAGGAGGAAGCAGGGAGCUUUAGAGCUCGAGAAGGUCGUUCGCGAUGCCGUUUAUAAAGGAGACCACGAUAAAAUCAAAACAAUUGUCGGUCAGCUUUGCCAUGACUAUGCCUACGCCGUACACCAACCCCACGCCAGAAACGGUGGAUUGAUUGGAUUAGCAGCUGCAUCAAUAGCACUUGGAUCCGUGAGUUAUGCUGGAAUAUACCUCUGGUUUCUUUCUGACUGAUGCUGAAAACCGAUGUUCUAGGAAGGAGUUGCACCGUACCUUAAGGAAAUCGUACCCCCCGUGUUAGCUUGCUUUUCCGACCAGGAUGCGCGGGUCAGAUAUUAUGCAUGCGAGAGCAUGUAUAAUAUUGCCAAAGUUGCUAAGGGGGAGAUACUGCUGUUUUUCAAUGACAUAUUCGACGCGUUAGCCAGAUUAGCCUCCGAUUCAGAGCUGUCCGUGAAGAAUGGUGCGGAACUCCUUGAUCGACUCGUGAAGGAUAUAGUGGCCGAGUCCGCGGCAUCUUACGUCUCAGUCCUACAACUUUCUGAAAAGAAGGAACUGGAAACGGGCCACGAGGCUGAGGGAAAAGAAGAAGAUGGGCAUGAAGAAGACGAAUUGGUGUCUGAAUCGGACCUCCCGACCGCAUUUUCUCUUGCCAAGUUCAUACCACUUCUCAAGGAACGGAUCCACGUUAUAAGCCCAUUCACCCGUACAUUUCUGGUUUCGUGGCUCACUUUGCUGGACACAAUUCCAGACUUGGAGCUUGUCUGCUGCUUGCCUGACUUUCUUGGAGGACUGAUUAAAUUUCUUGGUGACCCGACUAGGGAUGUUAAUGUUGCUACGCAGAAUCUCCUCGAGAGAUUUCUUGCGGAAAUCAAGAGGAUUGCACAUAUCAGAAAGGGAAUCGAGCAUAGCCGAAAAGGACGAGAAAGCGACCGGAGAUACUCAGUUGUCAGUGGCAGCACACGUGAAACACCUGACCGAGGCCCCGAGACCGAAAAAAGUGAAAAUGCUAUAGGGGAUUCGGAAUCGGAAUUUAUCGAGGAUGAUGCAACACACGUUGAAGGUGACUGGAUCCCAGGACAAGAUGUGCACAUUGAUUAUCCGAAGAUCCUCGAUAUUCUUCUAGGAUUCGUGAACACCUCAUUUGAGGAGGAGAUGCAAUUGACUGCACUACGGUGGAUCGACAGCUUCUUCGAAUUCAGCCCUGAGGAUAUUCUUCCCUUUGUCCCACGACUUCUCACUCAAGUCCUUCCUGCAAUGUCUAGCGGCUCAGACCAAGUACGGCAAGCUGCAAAUCGAGUCAACACAUCUCUCUUGGAGUAUAUCGUUUCGUUGUCCGAGGAUAUGUCGCACGAGAAUCAGUCAGUGCGGUCGAUAUCGCCAACCCUCACUAGAAGGGAGUCUGCAGCCAACGGAAAGCCAUCCGACGCACCAGGGAAUGAUACAAGAAAGCCUAUCUCUCAGCAAGGCUCUACGCAUGACUUCACGCCGCGAAGCGGUACUCCAGCUCCACCAGCGGAUCUCGACUAUGCCGCAGCCGUCAACUCACUCACGUUACAAUUCCUGAACGAGAACGAGGCCACCAGGGUUGCAGCUCUUUCCUGGCUAAUCAUGCUGCAUCGAAAAGCCCCUCGGAAAGUCGUGGCAUUCAAUGAUGGGACCUUCCCGGCUCUCCUAAAAACACUGUCUGACCCGGCGGAAGCGGUUGUGACAAAGGAUCUCCAGCUUCUAUCCCAGAUAUCAAAGAAUAGCGAUGAUAGUUAUUUCACCUCGUUUAUGGUGAACCUGCUUCAACUGUUUUCCACAGAUAGGAACCUGCUUGAAGUUCGCGGAAAUCUUAUCAUUCGACAACUUUGCAUCAAUUUAAGCCCGGAGCGUAUUUAUUGGACACUAGCGGACUGUCUCGAAAAGGAAGAGGACAUUGAAUUUGCUAGCAUCAUGGUUCAGAAUUUGAAUAAUAAUUUGAUAACGGCACCAGAGCUUUCGCAACUUAGGAAGAGAUUGAGGAAUCUCGACUCUAGGGAGGGUCAAAUGCUCUUUGUGACUCUGUUCAGAUCCUGGUGCCAUAAUGCCGUUUCUACCUUUUCUCUCUGUCUACUUGCGCAGGCUUACGAGCAGGCGUAUAACCUUCUACAGGUCUUCGCCGAACUUGAAAUGACGGUCAACAUGUUGAUUCAAAUCGACAAAUUAGUACAGUUGUUAGAGUCUCCUGUUUUCACCUAUCUUCGUCUUCAGCUUCUUGAGCCAGAACGAUACCCAUACCUGUAUAAAUGUCUCUACGGGGUUCUCAUGCUUCUUCCACAGAGCUCCGCCUUUGCGGCGUUGAAGAACCGUCUCAAUAGUGUCAGCAACAUUGCUCUUCUUCAUUCCGGACCACGAGGUUCCAUUUCUAGCUCCAUUUUGUCAUCCUCAUCCGCAUACGAACGGCCGGCGGGUGGUAGGCUGAAAACACGCGAUGAGAACACAAUCCGUUGGGUGGAGCUUAUAGACAAGUUCAAAUCAGUCCAAGAGCGAGCUAGAAGAUCACAACGAGGAUCUGCGCGUCUCGAUAAUGAGGCUAGUGGAAUACUACCCUCAUCGCUUGCUGCCGCUCUUUCUGCUGCGGCAACUACCGACCAGGCCCGCCACAAGGAGAGGGCAGUCCCAGACAUUCCUCGAGGAGGGCUAGGUGGCAGCGGACUCGGGCCUGGCGCGCGCAAUGCUGGCCCUGAAGCUGGUGCACAGAAAGGCGCUUCACCUGCACACAAGCCUAAAUCUAGCCUUUCGAAUCUCGGCCGACUUGGGAUUGGGAGUAGGAGAUCCAAGCGCUGAGCCUGGUUGAAUGUUGGAUAAUUGCUGGGUUAUCGGGGUGUUUUAUUUGUGGAUCGUGUCAUCCUGGCAGAAGUGAAGGGUUACAUAAUAGCUCAUCAACAUACAAAGUACGGAGUAUAAAAAGCACCUUUACAUUGGUGGAUGGAUAGAUUGCAAAGGGGUUAUUGUUUAUUCUCUUACAGCUCAUGCCUAUGCUCUGCUCUUUACUUAUACCGUCAAUCGGUUAUUGAUCUUUUCUCACAGGAUACCGCUGGCGCCUUUUUUUUUUUUUUUUUUUUUUUUUUGUUUGUCUGUUUGUUUCUCUUCUAUUUAUCAAGAUUACCCUAGACAGGUUUGAGCUUUCCACGUUCCUUUUUGUCUUUCCAUUUUUUCUAUCUUCUAUUCACAUUCAGACUGAGUUUUUUUUAUAAUACUCACGUCGUCCUGAAUAGACCAAUACCCACCUAUCCUGUUGGCACCACCUGCAAAGUAGGAAAUGAAACCAUGCAAUCCUAGUGGAAUGAAUGAUAAGAAAUAGAUGGGAUAGC